CCAGUGCAGGUAUGGUGGUGGAGGCAGCAGCAGCAGACGUCACUACAGCAGCGGAGGCGAAGAUGGCGGCGGUGGAGGUGGAGGAGACAUCAGCUGUUCAGCAGGGAGGGGCUACUGCACCAGGGGGCGUGGCCACACCAUCGGAGGGCGGGAAGAAGAGCCUUCUGGAGCUGCUGAGUGCCAUGAAAGUCGACGUGACGACGAAGCGCAAAGUCCGAGCGCCCCGCCCCCCAGCGCUCUCACAGCCGCCAACCAGGAGCAAGGCCCCGCCCACCGCACCCGUCGCCAUGGAGACCACCAAGGAGAUGUUCCAGGAGGCCUCGGCAGCUGCUGCCACGGCAACAGAGGAAGAGAGUUUGAGUCCUGAGCUGGUUGCGGCGGCGUCAGCUGCGGCUUCAACUCUACCAAAUCGUCACCAGGCAACCUCCGAAUUACUACGGCAACUCAGACACCACGAGGCCCAAACACACACACAGCAGCCUGGAGGAGAGGCCCUCAGCAACCUCAUCGCUGACAUGAAAGUGGGAAAGCGCGCUGUUGGACGACAAGACGCAUGGUCAACCAAUCAAAUCCGCUUUGAUGAGGAUGGGCGGGGCUUCACUCAGGAGCGGGGAAUCAGGAAGAGCAACUUUGGUGGAAAACGCUUAAAUGUCUUCACUGAGAAAACGGAGUACACACCUGCAGCAGAAGGUCUGUCAUUAUGGGAUGUGGAUCUGGCCCACCGCAUCACCAUGGCAACCAAUCAGCUUCCUCGUAACGGCUUUGAGGAGAUGCUGCUGUGGACCAGGCGGGACCAAGUCUGGCAGUAUCCAAUCAACAACGAGGCUGGUCUGGAGGCGGAGCUCUCGGUGCCGUUCCAUGAGCACGUGUUCCUGGAGCGCCACCUGGAGGCGGGCUUUCCCACCAGCGGACCAAUCAGACACUUCAUGGAGCUGGUCAUCACCGGAUUGGCCAAGAACCACACCCUCACAGCCAAUCAGAAGCAAGAGCACAUCGCCUGGUUCCGGAACUACUUCCAGGAGAAGAAGGCUGUUCUGGAGGAGGCCGAGGCCUUUGGCAGCUAAGGGGUUAAUAAGCAACCAGACGACUUGUGGACACAAGUGGACAGCGAAGGGUUAACAACGAGACGAAUUGUGGGACACCAAAGGGUUACAUAAAAUAAAGGAGAAAAGUCUGCUUCAACCAGAUUUUUUCUGCUCCCACUUUUUAUAAUUUUUUUUGUAAAAUUUUGGGUUAAGGGUUAUAACCCGACACGUUCGGCAAAAAAUAACAAGGUGGGAGCAGAAAUAUCUUGUCGUGUCAUUCGGCUGUCCCAGGUCAAAGACAUUUUUGGAUAUAAUGUGUGGGCUUUAACCUACUACAUCAAAGGGUUAACAAGACAACUAACGGGUUAACGAGACGCCUGGUGAACAGCAGCAGAGGAAAAAAACAAGUGAGCUGAAAUAUAUAAUUAAUAUUAUUAUUAAUAUCAAUGAUUAUUAUUAUUGACAUGUUGGGAACUGUAGCAAGCAUCAGGGGCCUGUACUGAGACGCUGGCUCAGUAGUAAACCUCAUUUAGUGAAGAGGUAAAACAUCUAAUAGAAGAGCCUGCAGGCCUGUGUGUUUGUAAGAAAAUGAGGGCUCAAGGCUCUUCUAUUAGAAGAUUUACCUCUUAACAUAUCCUGGUUUUCUCCUGAACCAGCGUCCUAAUACCCCUCUCUGCAGUGGAAUCACAACAUUGUUAGUUGGAGCAACGUGUUGAAGGUCAGCAGUGUUAGUUGGAGCUGUAACUCAGUAACAUGUUGGUCGCUCUCCACUGCUAAUGCAGUGGGUGCUGUUUGCAUAUACUGUAUAUUGUUUUCUGAAACGGUAAAUAAAUGUUGAGCUUUGUUGUUGA